AAGUGCGAUUUAUCAACAAGUAUAAGUGACGUAAUGCAACCAGUAAUCUGUCAAGAACCAUAUAAUAAACAUAUCUAUAGAAAAAUCGGUAUUGGGCAACGAAAAGAGUAUGUAGAUUGUUCUGACAACACUCCAUCAACGAUGCACGACACUGUUCAAGUAGAAACCGAACCAAAAACAUUCUCGUUGCAGAAUGUCAGUUGUAGAUGUGGAGAAGGAACAAUGUUACAUGAACAGCAACAAAAACAGCAUUUUCAUAUUCAGCUUCUUCAAUCGUUGAAUGAAACGCCCAUAGGAUUGAUGAAAAAUGAAAACAGAGGAUCAGAUGAGGCGACGUGGAAAGCGAACUGUUCUAAGUUCUAGCAGCUGACGUAACUAACGCGCUAAAAGUACUGCCCUUUUGAUGUUAAAUUCUAUGGACAGCGUAAACUGAGGGUGCUUAUAUCGGGAGUUGGAUGUAGCUUAGACUAUGGUAAAAAAAGCACAAAUUAUUUUACAUCACUUAGUAAAAAGCAACUGACACACGUGGAAUCAUCAUUUUGCUCCAGUAUAAUUAACUCAACGACGGUAGACAACGAUGGCAUCGUGAUUCUCGCUGCUUUUCGAAUAAAAGUGAGAGAUUAUGAGGCGAGAGAUUACCGAGGGAAAGUUAAAAACGAAAUCUUUCACCUGGAAUCGAUGUAUACUUUAUCUUU